AUGGUCCCCAACACCCCAACGGUGUCACUGCCAGCUCCGUGUGACAUUCGAGGGACAUUCGGAGGGAAUGCCAAGGUUCCUCUGCGGGGACAAAGGAGAGGACAAAGGUCCCAUUGUCCAUCCAGGAGUGAACAUGGAGGCUCCUCCUUGCUCAGACACUCCAACAGCUUCGCCCGCCCCAGCGGGAAAAGCAUCUACAACCAGCGCAAGGACUACGGCCAAAACCUGCUCAAAACCCAGAGCAACUUCCAGCACCACGUCGAGCACCUGCUGACGGUGCCCUGGGAGAGGGAGAUCCGGAGCUUCCAGGACUGGCCUGGAGAGGCUGAAGGUGCUGGAGGUCAGGGACGGGUCUGGGGCCAGGACCUCAUCCUGCAAGUCAAGGAUCAGGAACUGGUGCUGGGGGAUGUGGAGAGCAAGGAGGAGCUGGAAGCCUACCCGCUGGGCAGCGUGCAGGAGUGUUGGGCUUCCCUGGACGUCUGCAGCUACGACUCAGUGCUGGGCAUCAGCCUGCAAGAGAGGAGCCCCCCCACAACCACUGUGCUGCUCUUCCAGUGCGAGAGGCCGGGGGCAGAGCUGCUGAAGAGCAACCUGGAGAAGCUGGUGAAGCAGUGGAGAGAGGAGCAGAGGGGUCACUAUGGGCACAGGAGCAGCCCGGACAGCAGGAGCAGCACGGCCCCCCCGUACCUGCAGGGUCCCUACACGGUCUCGGAGCGGUGGGCAGAGCCCCCCGACCCUGAUUUCCAUUCCUUCCCCCAGCGGAGGCUGCUCCCUUCCGAGUACAGUCUCCACGACCCCCAGCAGACACCACGGACCAACCCCCCCAGCCCGGUGAUGAGCGAUGCAGAUCGAGAUGCUGAGAUCCUCAACCAAGUGUUGGGGGACCUGGAGCUCUUCUUGGCCCGGCUGAGGGCAGCGCUGGGUUCUGGCACCACCGACCUGAAAAAGAAGAAGAAAAAAAAAGGGGCUCUGCCCCCCAGGGAGGAAUUUCUGGAGUUCUUCCAGAAGGUGAAACAGGGACUGAACCUCCUGGGCAGGAACCGACAGCAUUUCCAGCAGCCAGACCCCCGUGAGCUGCUGCGCCUCAUCUUCGAGGCCCUGUCCUUCGCCCUGGAGCACUGCCCUGACCCCCAUCUGGCCCAGGGGUGGGGGCCCCCCACGCUGGUGCCGGAGGCGGUGGAGAUGCUGGAGGAGACCCUGCCCCAGCCUGACUAUGAGCUCUGGAAGUCCCUGGGCAUGGCCUGGAACACCACCAGGGCAGAGUACAGCACCCAGACAGUGCCCCACGAUGUCCCCGUUUUCUCAGAGGGGUGGUCGCCCUCCCUUCCACGGGACCAGGGACCUCCUGAGCACAGGGCCACCCCCAGCCCGGUGGUCCGAGCCCUCUAUGAGUUUCAGGGCAGGAACCCACAGGAGCUGAGCGUCAGGAUGGGGGAUGAGCUGCAGGUCUUGGACCAGAGGAAGAAGUGGUGGCUGGUGCAGGACACGGGGGACAAGGGUUACGUCCCCAGCAACAUCCUGGAGUCCCUGGGGGGACCCGAGGGGGGCCCCGGCCAGGUGGGUCCCCCCCUCCCCACCCUUCCCUACACCCCCAGCAGCAGGAGAGGGUGGCAGGGGCCCACCCCUUGUCCCCCCCCCUCCAGGAAAGCCCCCCCCAACCUGCACCCCGACUCCUCACCUGCGGAGGUGACAGCCUGGCUGAAGGACAAAGGCUUCUCACGGAUCACCGUGCGGUGUCUGGGGUGCUGAGGGGUCCACCAGCUCCUGGAGCUGAGCCCUGAGGACCUGAGAGCCAUCUGCCCCGAGGAGUGGCGGAGGGUCCUCUUCAAGCUCUCCUCAGUCAGGACCUCCCUCGGGAUGGGCCCCAGGGACUGA